GUUUCUUUGGGUGCGGCGGCGAGGGCCGUGAAACUUGAAGACUUUUUGCUCCCUCUGCGAGGGGACGGGGGUCGUCACUUGUUGAAUUUGUGCUUGAACUUCCUCCUUCGGGUUUUGGGGGGACUGGCCUAAUCGUUUGGAGGGGGCCGCCUAUAUGGCCUUAGCCAGAGAAGAAGGUGCGUGGUGUCCUAGAUCCUCUGUAAUGGAGUCUGUGGAUACCGAAUCAAAACAUAGCUAUAUAGGAAGUUUUCUUCAACCUCCAGAUAAAAUAAAAUCUGCUUUUGCUGAUCUCAGGCCAAAAAAGGUCACCAGCUGCCCACCAAACAAUCAAGCUCUAGUGGCAGCCCUAAAAACUCUUCAAGAAAAGAUCCAUCGUCUUGAGGUAGAGAGGACACAGGCUGAAGAUGACCUGAACUGCUUAUCCAGAGAAGCUGCACAAUAUAGAAAGGCUUUGCAGCAGGAAUCAAAGGAAAAGAACGUAAUUCACCAGGAGCUGAUAGAAGAAAGGAAAGAUGUGAGUGCACAGUUAAAGGCAGCACAGUCACGCUGCUCUUUGCUGGAAAAGCAACUCGAUUACAUGAGAAAAAUGGUUCUCAAAGCAGAGAUGGAAAAAAACCUGGUUCUGGAGCAGCAGACUCAUCUUCAAAAAGAAGAUGACCAAAAUCAAAUGGAGCUAUGUGCAAAACUUGAAAAACUUGAAGUUCUAGAAAACCAGUGUUGGAGACUUAUUAGCACUCAGAAAACUGCAGAAGAAAAGAUCAAACAUUUGGAACAGAAGCUUCAGGAAGAACAGCAUCAGCGCAAGCUAAUACAAGAUAAAGCUGCACAGCUCCAGACAGGUCUUGAAAUGAAUAGAAUUCUCUUGUCCUCACUUUCACCUGAAAAAGAUGUGAAGAAGAAAAGCAGGAAGAAGAAAAUCAUCAAGAAUAAUUCUGGUAUGAGGAGAACAUACGGCACACAACCAUGCCUACAGGGUGGAACGCUGCCUUUUGUUGCUGGGAAGUCUGCCAGCUCAAGUCACUCUGUUGUUGCAAAUGUACAAAGUGUCCUGCAUAUGAUGAAAUACCGUAGCCCAUGUAUGACUUCACAGUGUCCAGAAGGAACUGAAAAGAGAACUUCAGGACGGACUGGUGUUUGCAAACCAGUGUCUUGUUCCACGUCUUCCUCUGCUACUGAAACUCUUUCUGAUCUUCUUUUGGGUAUGCAAGAUGAGUUGGGACAAAUGAGUUUUGAACAUCAAGAACUGUCAAAGCAGAUAGAGGAAAGUCAAAACCAGGACAUUCGGGAAGACCUAGAACGUGAAUUGGAUUGUCUUGUGAAGCAGAUGGAAAUUAAAGUAGAACAGAUUUCAAAACUGAAAAAGCACCAGGAUCACGUUUAUAAACUAAAGCAAAGAGCUCAAAAACUGAAGAGAAAACCAGCAAGUUCAGUAUCAAGGCCUAAUGAAUUAAAAGGAAGAAAAGAGACUGCAAUCACUCCAACUACCAGUUCCAUAAAUAAAACCACAAGUUCACUUCAGCUAUUAAAAAGUGCUCAGAAGCUUCAAUCAGUGUUGAAGAAAGAUGAUAUUGUGUGGGAAUCAUAGUUCUCAAAACUGAUUUCAUACAUCACUAUCCACGGAGAUUUGAUUUUAUAAGUUUGGUUUGCCUUAGUAGUGUACCCAUUAAUUCUGAGAAUAAGAUGUGGGAUAAAUAAGUUCCCUGUUUUCUGUACUGGCAUUUAACAUACACAUCUCAUUAUUUUGAUGAAGCAUGCAUGCUAUUUUUAAUUAAAAGACCUUUUACUCUA